AUGAUCGAACGAUGGAGCAACAGCGCCCGGAAGAGCCACCAUCGCUACAACCCCAUGCCCCCCAUUAUAAGAACAGCGGCGAAAGCUCUAGCUAACAGGAAUAUUCCUGUGGUGGAAUACGGGCAGCAGAUACAGUGGCGCCAUGGCGAGCCUGUGGUCCUUCUAGUAAGCAACAAAAAAGAUAUUCGGCCGUCUAGCUGUUGGGCUCUGCUAACCGCCGAGUCCCAGCUUGUCGAAUGGGCAGUCCCUGAUGCACUGCUUUCACUCUCAUCGCAGAUCCUAUCAGACUGUGGUUUCUCCUGUGUUGCCCCAUCUACCAACGUCACCGACAGAUACGGGCAAUGGGAGCGAGCGGCCAUUGUUCAUAAGCUAGAAGGGGGAAAUCCAAUAUAUCUCUACCCAUUAUCGUUUGUCGAAUUUACGCUCCAGGACACAGUCAAAGUCACAUCUACCUUUGAUCGUACGCUAAGCAUCCUGACGCCCGAACCUCGGAUGUAUAUGCAGUCGUUGAUUUGUCAUCUCCUUGAUCACCCGGUCGGCGAUACAUUCAGACUUCGAGUGCAAUCCGAUCUACUAUCUUUUAUAUCCUUUUACGUUUUAGGCGACAAGCCACUGAAUACGAAGGAUGGUGAAUGUGACGAUGACGAGAGUGAAGAAGAUUUCCAGAAGAGAGUUGAAAAUGCCGUGAGGCGGAUGAAAACUUGGGAUUGGGGCGCUGAUGAAAACAACUAUCUUUGUAUUGCUGAAUCUGUCGUUCGCGACUGUCGGUCCAUUUACGAGCUAUCUAAUUGUUAA